AUGAUUGAAUGUUUCAGAGAAUCCGCGGUGGAUGUGGUUGAAAGCAUACGAGAACGUAUUGCACUGGAUUCUCCUGUAGAUCGCGGUGGAGCACUUCUUGACGUUGGUCGUCUGAUACGCUCGCGAAGUCCCACGAUAUUAUUGCAGCUGGAAGAGUGGCUGUUUGAGGCCAUGAAAGAGGCCCUCUUCGAUCACGACUCUUAUGUAUAUCUGGCUGCUAUAAAUGCACUUGCCGAGGCAUCCUGUUACAGUUCGAAUUCCUUCUACGUCUUCUGCUGCGCAGAUGCACCACUGUUCAAAAUGUUCCAGGCUGAACCUAACCAAGAGCCGGAAACAGCUAACGGUGAAGAACCUGUCAGCACUGAAGUUGUCGUUCGGUCAAGACUUUGCGAAGCGAUUGGAAAAGUAUUCAAAGAGCUAGGAGAGAUGGGCCCGGUCUGGAUGGACGAGUGUGCUGGAGAUUUUUUAGCUUGCUUUGCAGAAGAUGAUGAGAUCCUUAGGGCUAGCUCAGUACAGUCCUUAGCUGAGCUUAUACUUGCUUGUCGCGGCAAAAAUAUAGAAAAAUAUCUAAACGAGAUACUCCUUCUUGUUGAAAAGGCACUUACAUCUGAAUCUAGUGCCUUAGUGAGGCGUGCAGCUGUGAAUCUCUUACGUCAAAUAAUUAGGUCAUGUGACACCAUGAUUUUUGAGGUUGUUGGCUCCCGGUUAAGAGAUUUGCAUCGGCAACUUUUACAUCUAUGGCGCUUUGACUCUGAUCAUGUCGUACGAUUGCAUGCUGAGCUGGCACUCGAGGAGAUGAAAAUGUCCAUAAAGAACAUUGUUAUGGAAGAGACAUCCAGUAUCCGUACCAUCAAAUUUUGAUU